UAGAAUAGGUCACAAAUGUCAUUCAAAACUCAUUCAGCUGUUUCUAGUACUCAAGUGCCAGCAUUGCGGGAACUGUUCAGAGCUGUAUAGGACCACGUACGCUAAAUAAAUCUAUUAAUCCAAGAUGGCACUGAUGGGAGUUCAGCUGGUGGUCAGCUUGCUGGCGGUCAGCAUAAUGCAGAAAAUGGCUCCGCAUUGCUCCUUCGCACGCUGGCUCCUGUGCAAUGGCAGUCUCUUGCGGUUCAAGCAUCCUUCAGAGGGAGAACUUUGUGCACUGGCAGGCAAGCAGAUGCCCAGCAAGACAGGCCGGAGAGACAGGAGGCAAAAUGGCCAUGGGGAGUCCAAGCCACUCACAGUUCCAAAGGACAUUGAUUUACACCUGGAGAGCACCCCUGUGAAUGUCAUCGAUGCUCUGGUUCUGCGGUUCUUCGUGGAGUACCAGUGGUUGAUCGACUUUGCCGUCUAUGCAAUGGGCAUCUAUCUCUUCACUGAGGGCUACUACUUUGUGGUGGAUGCCAGUAAAGAGGUCAACAUUGGGGUCAUCUGGUGUGUCCUGAUGGUGUUCUUCUGCCUGAGGACUCUGCAUGUGCUGAUGAGCCACUACUUCCGCUCAGACGAGGGCGGAGAGCGCUCCGUGUGCUUGGCGUUUGGCUUCCUCUCUCUGCUCGUGGCCAUGUUAGUGCUAGUGGUGAGGGAGGACUAUCUGGAGUUUGGCCUUGAGUCUGGUUUCACCAGUGUCUUUGAUAACUUUGAAGCCUUUGCAAAACAACAAGGAUUUGAGUGGUCCAUUCCUUUCACCAAACUGGGAGUGAAGUUAGGCUUGGCGUUCAUUUGUGCCUUCUUUGGAGCUCUGCUUGUUUUCCCUGGACUUCGCCUGGCCCAAACUCACUUAGACGCUGUACAGAUGAAUGCUAACAGGCCAAUCAUUCAAAUCCUUCUGCACAUCAGUUUUUUGUCCCCAUUGGUUAUACUUGUGUUGUGGAUCAAGCCCCUUGCUCGUGACUUUUUAGGAAAGGCUCCCAUGGGAAAGGCUUCAGUCACGUUGCUUUCCAGCUCGGCCUUCGACUCAGUGCGUCUGUGGACAAUCGUGGGGUUAUGUGUACUGAGGCUGCUGCUCACCCGCCACCACCUGCAGGCCUACCUGAACCUUGCCCAAAAAUGGGUGGAGCAGAUGAAGAAGGAGGCGGGUCGUAUUGCUGCUAUUGACAUUCAGAGAAAGGUGACCCGUGUGUACUGCUACCUGACUGUAGUAACACUACAGUACCUCAUCCCUGUUCUGCUUGUGCUGUUCUCAACCCUGGCCCUCAAGGCUCUAGGUGACUACUCAUGGGGGCUGGGGGCUGAGACUCCAGGUGUGACGUUGGCACCAGUUCUUCCCACUGCUCCUCCCCCUUUACCCAGGUCAGAAGAUGAGGAUGAUAUAGAGGACAUGGAGGAGGACAUCCAAGUCACUGUAGCCCACCUGGCCGAGGUCUUUUCUGCACUACGUUCCGUCCUCACCCCUGUCUUCUUCAGAGGGAUCUUUGCCUUCCUUACCUGGUGGGUGGCGGCCUGCCAGCUCAUCAGCAGCCUGUUAGGCAUCUACUUUCACCAGUAUCUCAUGCUGAGCUGAGCAACGCCCCCUGUGUGCAGGCUGUGUGCAUUGCGACAAGCUAAUCGAGAUCCUGAGGAGAACACUUGAGUUCCACCAACACAGACCAGGUGUGCCUCUGAAGGUUUGAUCUUGACUGGAGACCAUGAUGUGUUUGGUCUAAGACAAAGAGAAUGCUGAAGUAUUGAUCUGGAAGCAUUUUUAUUAAAACGGAUUAAUUUGUUUGCUACACAAGCCCUUAAAAUAAAUGGAGAAAGUGCAGAAGGAAAGUAUGAAAAAUGUUUUUGUCGAAUACUCUAUUACUACAAAUUGAAUCACUUAAUGAUUUUGAAGAACUUGCACUGUUUAUUCAAAAGUUCAUGUGAUGUAAUACUAAGUGCCUGGUAUCUCAGGGAUUUGUAAUCAGAAUAUUUCCUCUACCAGCACUGCACUAAUUAUAAACUGCUUACUUUGAUACUAUAGCUUUAAACACAGAGGCACACAAUAGCAGGUCGCUCAAACACUCCUGUUUCCCUCAACCUGAGUGCUGAUGUACUAAAUGUUUUGGCACUUGUGCAGUAUUUUAUCCAGUUUUGCUGAUUGCUCCAGAAUCAUGCUAAACAAACAAUCCAAUCAAGGUUUAGUAGAUUUGUUUUUCCCUGAGUAGUUGUAAUUUAUUUAGUUAUCCUCGUCCCAUUGAAUAAUCACACACCAAUUUAGUAUAAGGUGAUUUUGUCCAAGUUUGAACAGUUUUUAAAAUGAAAUGCAUGGUAUGACACAACUGUUUGACUGAGAGUGUGUGUUUUUAUUAAAAUUCAGAAUGCCUG